AUGCAUACCUUCAUGGUGAUAUACAUGAGGAAAUCUAUAUGGCACUUCCUCCUGGUCUUCAGCGAUAUGGGGAGCAUUUGGAAAUAUGCACUUGACAUUAUUAAAGAUGGAGGAGCUUUGGGGGCAAGUCCAGUAAGCUUUCCCAUGGAACAAAAUUCCAAAAUUUCUUAUGAUACAGUACAUAUACUCAGUAGAUUCAUGCAUGAGCCUCACAAGCCACACUUAGAUGCCGCAAUGAGAGUUUUGAGAUUGGGCGGGAUGUCCAACAACACGAAGGUCAACAAGUGGCUAUUGCGUGUUUCUUGUAAAUUCUUUGAUCUCAUGGAAAACAAGUGA